AUGUCAUAUACCAGAUAUGUGCAUGAAUAUAUCGUGUUGUCUUCACCACCUGCUCUUGGUAAACUGCACCAUCAUCACAUCCCACUGCUGUCACAGGCUGAGGGGGACAUCCCGACAGUGGUACAUCCACUGUUACGACCAAGCUGUGGAGACAAGAUGAUCAAGCUCAACUUCACUCACAGUCUGUUGGGUGUGCGUGUUUUUAGUCAUGAUGGCUGUGUGAAUGAGGCAGCAACGAACCUGCCUCUUCCAUCACUGGCCAUUGUCCAUCCAAUGCUUCCAUGGCCAGUAGUCAUUCAUAGGUUGAGCCAUCAAGAGUGGGUGACAGUUGCCGACAUCGUCGAGAACCUGUGGUAUGCUCUGCAGAUACCCAUCCCCCUUCAAACAUCAUCAUUGUCACUACUCCUCGAAAAUCAGGACAACGCGCCCUUUACCAGCUGUUGUAGCAUGCCAGAUGGGGUGGAGCAAGAAGUAGUCCCUAGGCUGGUGUAUUUGAGGGGAAAGACACAGUUUACAGGUCUCCGGGCUAUAGGAAGCGACACAUGA